UGCCUUCCGGCCUACGCCUCUGGGAAUUCAUCAAUUUUCUAUUGCAAAUAGUUUGAGCUUUGCAAUUCCGAUUGGGGAUUGGUGAUUUCAGAAACUUGGGUUUUCUUUUUAGCCAUUUCUUGACCAAACUCUUGUUCUUUCUUUAUAUUGAGAAAUAAGAAAUCGAUCAGAAGAUUACAAAUACAGGGGAUCCUGAAGAACACGGGUGCAAAAAGAUGGCUUCUCAAAAACAAGGGUUCAUCUGGAUUUCAGGGUUUCUGUUUCUGAGUACCCUUGUCUUAUCCACGGCCGAUGUCCACUAUUACGACUUCUUUUUGCAAGAAUCCCAGUUUACAAAGCUGUGUAGCACCAAGAACAUCUUGACUGUAAACGGCAGCUUCCCAGGGCCUGAAAUUCGAGUUCGCAGAGGAGACACUGUUUUCGUCAAUGUCCACAAUCAAGCUAACACCGCUCUUUCCAUCAAGUGGGAGGGCGUUGAGGAAUCAAUUAAUGGUUCAAAUGAUAUGAUUCAGCCAGGAAGAAACUUCACUUACCAUAUUGAAUUACACAAUGAGAUUGGCACUCUAUGGUGGCACGCCACCAGUGCAUGGGCUAGCACAACCGUCCAUGGAGCCUUUGUCGUUUUGCCUGCACCCAACGAAGGCUAUCCUUUCCUUACACCUGAUUCAGAUCAAACAAUCAUACUUGGAGAAUGGUUCAAGCAAGAGUUAACCGAAGCCAAUCAAAACAUAGCUUCCGGCCAAGCCGACGCGUACACCAUCAACGGACAUCCCGGAGAAACAUAUGGAUGCAGCAGCGAUACGACGUUCGACUAUCAAGUAAAUUACGGGGCACUUUAUCUUGUUCGCGUGAUAAAUGCGGUUAACGACACAAUGGUGUUCCGUAUCGCGUACCACAGCCUCACCGUUGUCGGACAAAACGGGGCAUACAGCCGACGAUCCUUCAGAAGCUCGCUAACCCUGGCCCCCGGCCAGGUGACGGACGUUUUGUUGUGCCCAUACCAGAAUCUAGGCCAUUAUUACAUCACUGCUCGACCUUCCUCGGACGCCACGCAUACAGCCGUUGGAAUUCUGCGAUAUGCCACCACCAUCAACCUCAGUAGUGCUUAAUUUACUUAAUGCUCUCCUAUGCUAAGGAUUUGAUUUGAUGUUCAAAUAAGCGACUCAAUAUGGAUAUAGGUGUGGAAAUAAUGUGUUAUCGUAUGUUGUUAUGCAUGUAUUUUGUUCGAACCAG